UUAACCUGUGGCGCCACCAGGGAAUUAGAUUUUUUUUUGCCUAUUUACACAAGAUUUGAUUUCCUUGAAAUGUUAUGUUGAAGAGGAGGAAUGGCAUUUCUUAGAGUUUCUCUAAUUAUAACAAGACAGACACUUGCUUUCAGGUCUGGCAAUAUCAGGGCCCCUGUCUGGUCACUGAACCUCAAGGGGAAAUGACUCGUUAAGGAAAGAACAUGUUAUCAACCCUCCCUGCAGUAUAUCCACAAGCCAAAGCCCCAUCUUGGCUCUUGAGGUAAAGCCUACAUUUUAUCCCUUUCUAUUUCUUCCUGUGUUAACAAAGCAGGUUUUCGGGGCUGGAGAAGCUGUUUGGUUAUACGCAACUACUUUGCCUUUUUUUUUGGCCACGCUGGUGGCAUGUGGAAGUUCCAGGGCCAGGGAUCGAAUUUGUGCCACAGCAAUGACUUGAGCUGCUGCAGUGACGCCUAUUCUUAACCUGACACACCACCAGAGAAUUCCACUAUGCCAUUUUAUAGAGGGGACAUAUAUCUACAAGAUUUGGGUAUCCGAGGGUGUCUGGGAAAUAAGCUCCCAUGGAUAUUGAGAGACAACUGUGCUCUGUUAGACUCAGCCAGAGGCAAACAAUAAUAAGUGGUGAAGUAAAUAAGUGAUAAAUAGACAAUAAGUGAUGAAAUAACAUGUUCAUUCAAUGCAUUGCAGAGCCAUUGGAAUUUAUUCAGGUUAUUCCUGAAUAAGUUCGGGUUACUCGUUCACUGCUCUGAGAAACAUCAGGUAUGACAAACUCAUGUGGCGCAGGAAGAAAAAGUGUAGUUUGCCAGACAGGCGAUAUAGUCUAGUGAAUUCAGAAUUUGAAUAUUAUUUCUGGCUCUGCCACUGGCUUCCUUUAUGACUAGGAGGAAAAUCUCUCUGGGUGUCACUAGUUUCGGUAUCUGUGGAUUGAUAAGAAGAUCACAAGCAUGGAUGUUAUGAGAGUUCAUUUCUUGGGAGGUUUAACAGAGCAAGUCUAAUGAGAGGAAUGGGUCAAUUGGCUCUUUCUGGGCACUGUUUUAUGCUUUAAGAGGAUAUUUAUAUCUGAUUAAAUAUAUCAAGUUUCAGAAAAUGUAUCAUACAUAUGUCAUCUCAUUUAACCCUUGCAGGAAAACCUGAAGGUGAUUCAUGCCAUUGGUGCAAUUUUGCAGAGGAAGAAACUGAGCCACAGAGUUAAUUUGUCUAGUCACAAAACUAGUGAGCAGCAGGGCAGGGAUUUCGCCCAGGUUUUUUGAAUCCAGAGCCUCAAUUCUUCUUCUGCUUCUUUUUGGCCUCACCUGCAUCUCAUAGAAAUUCCUGGGCCAGGGAUCAAACCCAAGCCACAGCAGUGACAAUGCCGGAUAAUUAGCUGCAAGGCCACCAAAGAACUCACAGAGCCCCAGUUCUUAAUUAUUAUAGUCCCUCUCCCUCUCACUGGUGACAGAAAUAACGAUGACCCACAGGAAUAGGAGCAUAUAUAAAAAUCUUGAUAUUCCAGUAGUUCUCUUGUGACACAGUGUGUUAAGGAUCCAGCCUUGUCACUGCAGUGGCUUGGGUGGCUGCCGUGGCAUGGGUUCCAUCCAAGGAACUUCCACGAGCCAUGGCAUGGCCAAAACAAGAGAAAUCUCGAUAUGUCAAAAUAGAUUUUCAGAGCACCCCAUGUAGAGCAGGGAAGAGAGUAAAUAGAGGAGAAGUAGGAAAUCACUGAUGCUGGAGUCUGUGAAGUGUUGUGAUAAGGGACUGUGGUGUCUGGCUAAAGAAUCCCCAUAAGCAAAACUACCAGUUUGAGAGAAAAAUGUUCCAGUUAUGAGACUUUGGGUUGCACAUUUGGAGCCCUGAUUCUGGUUUGCUUCUCUGUUUUGUGAUGGGUUUGUUCUGUUUUUAAGCUUCUUGUCACAGCUGAGUAUCAUUUCCUUGGAUAGGAUAUGGCAUUAUAUGAGAUUUCAUUCAUUGCUGAAUUUGCCGGUAUCCUCCCUAUGGAAACUUACAUUUUUUCCCCACCACUCCAACCCUCUCCCACCCAUCUCCUGGUUCCAUCGACUAUCAGUGCUGCCACAACAAUGAGCUUAGUCUCAUCACUAGGCUUUCUUCUGUCUUUCCCCACCUCACAAGUGUGUCCAAGCUUCUUCCUGCCUUUUCGAAAUACUCUAUUACUUUAAGCCCAGCUUAUGUCCUUUUAUAAUGGCUUCUCAACCCACAUUGAACUCAUCCUAUCCCAACCUUCCAUGAAGCUUAAGGUACCUCUUAUGUACUUCUUUGCUUAAUGGUUGCACUUUGCAUAAUUUAUAUUCUGUGUUUCCCAAACUAGGCAGGGUUCCAUAAAAGACAAUGAUGCAUAGCAUUAAUAUUUUAGAAACCAUCCAGUAUUGGGCUCAAGAGAAACAUGAAAUUUAACUGAAAGAGUGACUUUUCCUUUGCAGAUGAGAGAGCGUAUAAUCUGGGUGAUCUCUAUUUUGCACUAAGGUUGUGUUUACUUGGCGGCGAGUGCACCAAUAUGGCGCCCAUCCUCUCCAAGUGCAGCCGCUCAUUCCUCCCACGUGCCUUUCCUCACCCCUCUGCUGUGAUCUUGGCUGAACUCAAGACGCAGGUGUAGCCGAUGAGUAGCUUCCCUCUUCUCCAGAGUUUGUCUUUCAUCUCACUCCACAGCACCCAGCAGAAGUUAGCUCCACUCAGUGCCUCAACUCUCCAUUUCUAGCGCUCGGAAGAGGGUUCUAGCGCUGGUGAAGUGGAGUGGACAUAAAGUGGAGGAAGGUCAGCAAUGGCCUCUGCAAAGAAGACAACUGAGAAGCGACAUGACCCAGUGGAAAGCAUCCGCAGAAAAAUCCAAGCUAUCCGAAAGAGAGAAGAGAUUUCAAAUCCCAUGCGACAGAUUGUCAAAUACCAGUCCAGCAGUUUUGACAGUCCACAGACUAACCCCAAGAAAGAUUUUGAAGAGGUACUGAGGAAGAUGACUGCUGCUCACGUUCCCAGGCCCAGCCUUCUCUUCUCAAAUACAGAGAAAGAGGGUGCCUUCAAUUCAUCUCCUCAAGUAGUGUCUCCCAGAACUCCGUCCACCUCUUAUCUCAGCUCUCCUGACAACGCAACAUACUCCGUUAUCCUCACCAGUUCUGAAAACACCUCAAGGCCGGAAUCAAAGAGCUCCCAGAAUUAUACAUCUUUGAUAUCACAGAUCAGAAAACAGGAGCUCAGCUCUCACAAGGAUUUGAAUAGCUAUUGUAGUAAAAAUAAUUUUAGCACCUCAACACGUGACUUUGAUUCCACUUCUGAUCAGAGCUCUGAAUUUUUUAGCCCUCAGGAUUCAGUGGUGAAAAAGUUAUCUCUGAAUGAAGAGGGGUUGAAGCUAGGGAUCAAUGACGGCGAGGAAGAUGUAACCUACAGCAUUAACAGGACCUGGGACGAAGAGUUGCUUACGAGUAUUUUUAAUGCAUGUGACACCAAAUGCAAAGGCUUAGUAGGAGUCAUCAAAGUAAUAGAUUACCUGAGACAAACAACUAGUCAAGGUUCUGAAGAUGGUGGUCUUGAGGAGCUGUGGAAUAUGCUUGAUUCUGGAAAGGGGGACCUGCCUGUGAAUCUGGAAACCUUCCAGGUCGCCAUGAAAGAAUGGAGGGCUCGCUGCAGAAACAAAUGGGAAGGAAUGAAUAGUGGAUCAAGCAGCAGAAUGGAUGAUUCUGCUUUUGAACAGGACAGCAUAAAAUCAGGUGGAGCAAUUAAGAUGACCACAAAUAUAACAGAUUCUGCAUCACCGAGCUUUGAGGUAUUGGGUGGAGACUUGUCUAAAGGAGUCCUAGAGGUGCCUGAUUUGAUUACUUAUGCAGCAGACCUGCAUUUCAACAAGCAGAAAUUGGAGGAGGAAAAUAACAAUUUGAAAUUGGCAUUAGAAACCUUGGAAGAAGCUAACACCCAGUUAUCCGAGGACUGUACUGAAUUGCGCCUUCAGAUAAAAAGUGCCCACCAGGCUAUUAUGAGAACAAAUCUGUUAAAAGAAGAACUGGAGGAACUGAAAAUUAGUGUGAAUGCUUCGGAAGAGCAGAAGACCAAGAUUGUAGCCCAAAACAAACAAUUAGAGACAGAAAACCGGGCUCUGAUUCUUAAGAUUCGGAUUCUCCAAGAAGAGAAUGCUAAGAACAUGAUGGAUAUAUAUAAAUUGGAAAAGAAGAUUGAGGAAUUGUUUAAAACUGAGAGAGAGCACCAAAUGAAGUUACACACAUUUGAGGACACUUUGCUUAAUAAAGAUGCAAGUUUGCAGAAGAAGGAUUUCAGUAUAGAAGAACUCAAGUCAACCAUCAGAGAAUAUGGAAGCAUUAUAGAGAACUUACGAGGGGAGAAAGCCAAACUGGCUUGUGAGUUACAGCACUUGCAACAGGAACUCAUCCUAAAUGGAAUCCAGUUGAAUGUUAGUGGAGAGCAUAAGUGUGUCAACUCUGAAGGAGAAAAAUCUCUGCUUUGUGAACUUGUUCUUGCUCAGUCUGCCAAGAACAAUGAAACAGAGUGGCAGUGUGGUUUAAACAGCUUAUCAUCUCUGGACACAAUGAUGGACCAAGAAAUGCUGCUGUUACUGAGAGAACUUGAACAAAAGGGAGUGGAGUUCACAGCCAGGCUUCAGAGGCUGCAUGAAGAUGUUUCCGAAGUUGAAACGCUCAUUGACAGUUCUUUACAGUGGGUAACUCAUCCAGAAAUUACUGUGAAAGAAAAGUGGGAGGACAAGCUUACUGAAUUCAAAUAUAUCAUGGAAAAGAAGCUAAAUCUUUGCAUAUUACUGCUGAACAGCUUGAGAAACCACAAAGAAUCCCUUGAUGAGGAGUUUGUCAAAUUGAUAGAGAUUUUGAAGAGAUUCAGGCUGGAAUAUUUUUAUUUCAGAAAAGAAUUUCUUUCCAGGCAGAAACAACCAGAAGCCAUCACACAACUGCAAGAAGAUGCUGUCAACCAGGAAGCCAUCCUCAGGAAGAAGGUCCAAGAAGCCAGCCAAUGGUUGGAGGAGGCAGAGAGGCAGGUAAGGUGGCCUGUGACUACACUGUAGGCACAGGCAGUCUCCUCAGUUGUCUUUAAAACCAUGAAGUAAAAAUGGAGGAGGAACAAAAAAAACAAAGAGGAACUGCGAAGUUCAGUCCCUCUCGGCUAGCAGUGAGCGGAGGAAGUAAAGGGGGGAGUUGUAAGAGGCGGUGUCAACAGCCUGCUGAUGAAAGAGGCAACUUUGCAGAAAGAAGCAACUUGACAUAUCAGGACUUCUACCGCUGUAGAAAUAGCUCAGGCAUACGAAGCCCAUGCAAACACAGAAUUGCAGAAGUUCAGUGGAAGCUUAUCGCUUCCCUGAGAAGAAAAGCACAUUUUCAGUUUCGUAUGCCUAAUAAGAGUGAACACUCAAUUGCCCUCUCUUCGGGCCACCCUGCUAAAAUCCAGCGUUCAUUGUAUGUAUCCAGGUGGAGGAUAGAAAUCAGGCAGCCCACUCUGCCAGGGAAGAAGCCAAGCCUUGGCUGCAUAAAUUAAAGGAGGCAAUUUCGGCACAACGGAAUCUCCAGACUAUAAAUACUGAGUUAGUGAACACUUGCCAGACAUUGGAGCAGAAAACAAGAAAACCGAAAACAACAGUUGAGUCACUGAGAACAAAGUUAAUUCAAGGACAACUCCAUGGCUUGCUGUUUCAGAGCUCUUUAGACGAGGAAUUUCCUCCUUACUAUCCCUUUUGCUGCACAGAUAGAAUUCCUCACCUGCUCCAGGAACAGUUGAAGCAGUGUGGCCCAAAACGAUAUAGUGGUCAAGAAGCAAGAAUACAUCAGCGACCCCUGACCUUCAAACACACAUGCUGGUACACACCUCUGCUGGAUGCCUUGCAUCUGGAUAGUUUUACAGCAGUUCCAAGACUGGAAUUGACACCUUUCUCCUGUGUAGCCAACCAAAUCCAUGCUUCCUGUGAAAGGCCCAAAGAUGGAGAAAUAGAGGAUGGCAAUUUGGAUGUGACUAGAACACACAAGUGCCCAGGCCCUACAGCCGGCCCCCCCCCAGGAACAGAUUUUCCAGGUUGCAUCAGGAUGAGUAAUGACCCAAGUAUGGAAGAGGAUGGUGUUGAACGCUUGUAUUCCGAGAGCCUGCCGCAGCCCAGGGAUUGUUCUACCCUACCAUCUCCUGCACACACUUCAUCCACAGAGAGUACUGUAACUUCAAGUGAUUCUGGAUCGGAAAUGUUGAGUAUGGCUUCUGGUGACCUUGACUGCAAACCGCUCUGUGAGAAAGAGGAGGAAAGAUCAGCUUCUGCUGUGAUAAAGACCGAAGGUGAAAGUCCAGCUCCCAAAAAUACUGCACUCCAGGUCUCUGUGAGUGAAGAAAAAACCAUGUCAAAUCAGGAAGCUACAGGGGAACCAGAAACAAUAGAUAAGCACAGAAAAGAAUGUAUUGCAGGAGAUGCUGCUAUUUCUUCCCUUCCUGCGACCACUGUGAAGUCUGUUAACUUUAGACAAAGCGACAAGUAAGCUCUUCUUCAUGCAGCAUGCUCCUCUUAGUUUUUGCUUUUCUGUUGAAUUAUGUGUGAAUAAGUUUUUUCUCUUAUCCUACAGCACUUCUGCUAAUGAGAAGGAGGUAGAGGUAAGCUUAAAGCAAAUGUUUCUCUUUUAAUAAAAAAUAAAAAAAAGAAGAAGAAGAAGUGUUUCAAACUCACUUCAAGCGUUUGGAUAAGAUGUUAUAUGUUUGGUGUCUGUUUGGCCAUGACAAAGCGCAAGUUAAGUCUCUGCAUGCCAGCGUUAUAUUAUGUCAGUGGGAGGAGAAAGAAAUGCUUCGAAACAAAUUGGCGUUAAGCUGAAAUAUUUGAACAUCCAGUAUUCUCCUCUUACCCUCCCAUUAUUCUGACAACAGGCCGAAUUUCUCAGAUUAUCUUUGGGAUUUAAAUGUGACUUGUUCACCUUGGAGAAAAGGGUGAAGCUUGAAGAAAGAUCCCGGGACUUGGCAGAAGAAAAUUUGAAGAAAGAAAUUACUAACUGUUUAAAACUGUUAGAGUCUUUAACACCUCUUUGUGAGGAUGACAGCCAAGCCCAGGAAAUCAUUAAGAAGCUGGAGAAGAGUAUAACAUUUCUUAGCCAGUGUACAGCACGAGUGGCCAGUAGGGCUGAGAUGCUGGGCGCCAUUAAUCAGGAAAGCCGGGUUAGUAAAGCAGUUGAAGUGAUGAUUCAGCAUGUAGAAAAUCUAAAGAGAAUGUAUACCAAAGAGCACGCUGAAUUAGAAGAACUGAAACAGGUUCUUCUGCAAAAUGAAAGGUCUUAUAACCCUCUUGAAGAUGAAGAUGACUGCCAAAUUAAAAAACGGUCAGCGUCUCUAAACUCCAAGGUAAUUACUAAUUCACUUAAGCAAUGUCUAUGAAAUGUGAUUGGUGAGAUGGUUUUAAAAUAUUAUUUGAAGCUACAUAGCUUUAAGUGUAAAUCAUAAAAUUGAUUUUAGUUCAUAUGUAUGUGUUAUGUAUAUAUGCACAUGUGUUUAGGUAUAUUAUGGUAUAUACCAUAUAUAUGUGAAUAUGGUAUACAUACAUGGGCUUUUAUACUUCUUGCUAUAUUUGUAUAUCAACUAAGUUUGCCUGGCAGCCUGAGGAAAGACAGUAUAACAGUAGUUUCUCUCUAGCAUAAAGCCAAAGUUAGGAGUCAGCAGACCAACAAUGGCAGGACAGCUGAACAGAAUCCACAGGGCCCAGUUGCCAUGCAUCUUGCUGUGUCUUCACCUUAGCACUUUGCUUUCACUUUAAGGUUUAAAUGGCUUUGUCAGUUCUGGGCACCAAGUCCUGGUCAUUACAUUGAGUCAUGUUCCAAGAAAAAGGAAGAGGCAAAACAGGUGCUCUCUUUUUCUCUGAAGACAGUUCCCAGAAGUCUCAGAUAAAAUUUCUCUUUUCAUUCUUGGUUGGAAAUAAGAAGACGCGGCUUUUCUUCUGGAAGCUGUAUGCAUAACUGAAAAUCAAGGGGCCUGUUACUAAAUAAGAAGGGGAGAAUGGGGACUUGAAAGUCACCAGAAGUUUUUGUGUUUGAAAAUUGGGAUUUUGCAGACUUUCUGAGCAAGUGACUUUAAAGUCAUUCCAUCCAAAUCUCUUUUUCACAGAUGAGGAAAACCACUUUCACAGAAAUUAACUGAUUCAUUAUAAUCAUAUAGUGAUAGAACCAUGAUUAGAACCCAGGUUUCUGAACCACUGUUUGAUAUUCUUGAUGUUCAACUAACCUAUAAAAUUAAAUUAACGAUGGUGGUUUAAGAAAAGAAUUUACAUAAAACUUCUUUGGUUUAUUCUACAUUUAACAUAUUUUUAUUUCCUAAAGUUCUACUUAUUUAAACUUGAAGAGCCACAAAAUAUAAUAUUUUCUUGUACAAAUCUCAAGGCAAAUAUAUAAAUACAUCCAUUCAUUAAAGUGUCAUGCUUAUCCUUAAAUGUGUUAAAUGGAAAAAAACCAUGGAAAAAAAGCUCUAAAACAGAUGCAUAUUUCUCUCUUCUUGAGCUGGGGAAAACCUUUCCUGGCAUAGGAGAAAUGGUAGCAGAGAGAGGAAGGGAUGAAAAGAUAUGGCUGCAUUCACAUUAAAAAAAAUUCUGCCAGAAAUAUCAUUAACAAAAUUAAUACAGGCAAAAAUCAUAAAUAGGGGCCUCAUAGAGCAGAUAUACACAUGGUUAUUUGGCAUAGAAAAACUGUUCAAUAUUCCUAGAAACCAAAACAGAAAACCUUAUGUUCCUUAUUUGAUUGGCAAAAAUUAUACUCAUCCAGUAUUAGAAAAGGUGAAAUAGAAAUUGAUAAGCUAUUUCUGGAAGGCAGUUUGGCCAUUGGAAAAUAUGUCUUGAAAAUAUGUCCACUGCUUUUUUUUUGCUUUUUAGGGCCACACCAGCGGCAUAUGGAGGUUCCCAGGCGAGGGGUGUAAUUGGAGCUACAGCUGCCAGAUCUGAGCCACGUCUGCAACCUACACCACAGCUCACAGCAACACCAGAUCCUUAACCCGGAUUUGGAUUAAAGUCGGAUUCAUUUCUGCUGCAUCAUGAUGGGAACUCCUAUGUCCACUGUUUUUACAGUGGUCAAGUGUAUAGAUGUACACAUGAGAGUAUUCAUCAGUGUUUCAUACAAGGAUAAAGUAUUGAGAGUUUUCAAAACAUACAUUUUCCCCCUUUGGGUAGCCAUCUUCUCUUCGAAGAGUGACCAUUGCCUCUUUGCCCAGAAAUAUUGGAAAUGCAGGAAUGGUAAGAUUCUACGUGUUCUUAGAAGUAAAUUUAUUUUUCAUAUGACAAAGAUAUAAACUUACUUUACUAAAUCCAUUUUAUUAUUUCUUUACCAUCUGAACUUUAAAGGUGGCUGGGAUGGAAAAUAAUGACCGAUUUGGUAGGAGGUCAAGCAGUUGGCGUAUUUUGGGGUCAAAGCAGAGUGAACACCGUCCCUCAUUACAUCGAUUUAUUAGCACCUAUUCCUGGGCAGAUGCUGAAGAAGAAAAAUGUGAACUAAAAACUAAAGAUGACUUGGGACCACCUGAAGAAGAAAUAGUCGAAAGGACAAGAAAGCCAAGUCUUUCUGAAAAGAAAAACAAUCCAUCAAAAUGGGACGUCUCUUCAAUGUACCACACAAUAGCUUCCUGGGCCACCAAUCUCACGACUUUCAUCAGGGAGGCCAAUAAGGCCCUCUGGCUUUCUGUGGCUUUCAUUGUACUGUUUGCAGCACUGAUGAGCUUCUUCACAGGCCGAUUUUUCCAAAAGUCCGUGGAUGCUGCUCCCACACAGGAUGGGGACUCCUGGAUGACUCUGGAACGUAUCUUGUGGCCAUUUGCCAGACUCCGACACAAUGGGCCUCCGCCAGUGUGACAUCCUAACGUGUGUAUCUUGAUUUUUAAAGUUUCAGUAUCUGAACUUUGUAAACUAGUAACUUUUAGCUGGGAGAUUAGAGCAUGGAACCACAGGUUCUUAGAAUGAUUUGUAAGAUAUUUUAUAGUCCCCCUUUUUGUGAUGACCUUCCAAACUAAAAUACAAUGGGGAGGAAGCCUGCCUAUAAGAUUUUUUAAUGGGCUUUUUGAGGAGGCGCUGUUAUUGUUUGUUAAAAUUUAUUGAAAUAAAGAACGAUUCAAAUUUU